AUGACCACGAUUGAACCUAUUCGAGGCAAGCUGGGAUCCAACAUCAUCGGCCCCCGCAAUUAUGAGCGAGAACGACCAUCAGUGGACCUAACUCGCACAUCCGCAUCGAAGACGCAAACUACUGUACGAGAACUUCCCACCUCCGUAGAGCUCGCUGGAGUCAACAUGCGACUCGAUGAAGGAGCCAUCCGCGAGCUUCAUUGGCACAACGAGGCAGAGUGGGCUUACAUGCUUGAAGGGUCUUGCAGGAUCACUGUUCUGGAUCUUGAGGGAGGUGUGUACGAAGCAGAUCUGCAGAAGGGAGACCUCUGGUACUUUCCCACGGGACGUCCGCACUCUAUUCAAGGAAUCGGAAAAGGCGGGUGCGAGUUUCUGCUCAUUUUUGACGACGGCAACUUUUCAGAGGACUCGACGUUCCUGCUGACCGACUGGCUCGCGCACACGCCCAAAGAAGUGCUGGCAAAAAACUUUAACCUCGAGCCAUCGUUGUUUGAUAGUCUCUCCAAGAAGGAAAAGUACAUUUUCCGUGGUCUUGUACCCGAUGCCAGCAAGCCGAGCACGCCGCCAAAUGCGACUCCGUCCAAGUACCGUUUCUCACACCAAAUGCUAGCUCAGGAGCCCCUCAAGACCCCCGGAGGCGAGGUGAGAAUUACCGACACCUCCAACUUUCCAGUAUCCAAGACCGUCUCUGCUGCUCAUGUGAUCAUUCAUCCACAUCACCUUCGGGAGAUGCACUGGCAUCCCAACGCAGACGAAUGGUCCUACUUUAUCAGGGGUAAGGCCAGGGUCACCGUCUUUGCAUCCGAAGGCCAUGCGCGUACGACCACAUACCAAGCGGGUGACGUGGGCAUCAUUCCGAGGAACAUGGGUCACUACGUCGAGAAUGUCGGCGACGAAGAAGUGGAGAUGCUCGAGAUCUUCCGUGCUCCCAGGUUUGAGGAUUUCUCGCUGGACCAGUGGCUUGCACAAACGCCGGCAAUAAUGGUCUUGGAGCAUCUCAAUCUGCAAGACAAGGAGGAAGGCGAGAAGUUCCUAAAGGCGCUUCACCUCACCAAGGUGCCAAUCAAGUGAACGGUAUAGUAGAUGGGAUAUUGUGCUAUAUUGCGAGUAAAUAUGUGAAUAGCUCAAUUGCAGUGGAAUGUAGGUAUAGGAUAGCAGAGUUUGCAAAUUAUGGCAAAUUGGGAUGGCAUGUUUGUAUAAUGUAGCAAAUAUGGUAUAGGAG